AAAAAACUGUAAAACGCAAACGGUUUAAAAGAGAAUGUGUUAACGGUUAAUGGGUUAGCAACCCCGGGGCACGAGGAGGCACAAGUUGCAGGAUCCGCUACCCGCCAGAGGAAGAGACGGACAGAGAGGGGAGACGCACCGGGAGCUCUUUUACGCACAAGCCCACCACCAGAAAAUGACCGUGGAGAAAAUAUUCGAUGAGCUGGGACAUUUUAAAAGAUACCAGGCAUGUCUCUACUUUGCAGCAGUCUUCCAAGCCGUAUCUUGUGGGAUCCACUACCUGGCUUCUGUUUUCCUGGUGGAGACUCCCAACUUUGUGAGCACCGUGCCCGGCAACAUCACCGACGUCCUGUUCGGUAACCAGACGGGAUCUAGUCUGGAAGAUUUCCUGCCGGCCUUUAAAUCGGGGAGCGGGCCGCUGGUGGUGAGAACGGCCGAUGGAGAGCAGUGGGAGCUCAGCAGGUGCCGCUGCGCCCUACGCAUCAACCCAGGGGACUUCACGUAUGAUUUUUACGGCAACAAAACGGUGGAAGCGUGCGGCGGGGGCUUUGCUUAUGACAACACCGAAGUUCACCAAAGCAUCGUGACGGACUGGGACUUGGUGUGUGACAAAGAGUGGCUGGCCAAGCUGUGCCAGCCCACCUUCAUGCUGGGGGUGCUGAUUGGAGCGCUGGUGUUCGGGGACAUUGCUGACAGGGUUGGUCGUGUGAGGAUUCUCAUGUUCACCAGCGUCUGUCAGUUUGUGUUCGGGGUGUCUGUGGCGUUCUCUGGAAACUACUAUUUCUUUGUGGUGCUCCGUUUUCUCCUUGCCAUGGUAUCCAGCGGUUAUCUGGUGGUGGUGUUUGUCUACGUAACAGAGUUCACUGGCAUCAAGGUGCGCACAUGGACCUCUAUGCACGUGCACGCGGCCUUUGCAGUCGGCAUCAUGGUUGUGGCUCUGACUGGUUACCUGGUUCGGGUCUGGUGGAUCUACCAGAUCAUCCUGUCCAUUUGCACCUCUCCCUUCCUGCUCUUCUGCUGGAAGUUCCCGGAGACUCCCUUUUACCUGAUGGCCAAGGGCCGUCACCAGGACACCCAGACCCUGUUGGACAGGAUUGCCCGCUUCAACGGACUUGAAUGCAGGCUCAAAGCGGAGGACCUCCUGGAGCCAGAAAAGAAUGAGAAUGGGAGAGCUCUGCUGGAGCAGGAUUCAGAGGAGCGGCCGUCACAGAACGAAAAGAAGCUGUCCAUCCUGGAUCUGUUUGGUAGCUGGAGGAUGGCGGGCCGUACGUGCACAGUGUGGGCCAUCUGGUUCAUCGGUAGCCUCGGCUACUACGUCUUCUCUUUGGGCUCAGUCAACCUGGGCGGAAACCAGUAUGUUAACCUCUUCCUUGCUGGUGCAGUUGAGGUCCCCUCUUAUCUGGUCGGCUGUUUUGCAAUGGACCGGAUUGGAAGGAAGAAGACUUGCGCCCCAGCUCUGAUCCUGGCCGGGGUUGCUUGCAUGCUCAUCAUUGUGGUGCCUCCGGACAUAGAGCCCCUGGCUAUUGCUCUCAGUAUGACCGGAAAGUUUGCCAUCGCAAUUGCCUUUGGUCUCAUCUACUUGUACACCUGUGAGCUUUACCCAACCAUCAUCAGGUCUCUGGCAGUAGGCAGUGGCAGUAUGAUGUGCCGUGUGGGCAGUGUAGUGGCCCCCUUCUGCGUGUACCUUGCUGACAUCUGGACCUACCUACCUCAGCUCAUCGUGGGAAUCCUGGCAUUCAUCAUCGGAGUGCUGACGAUGAUGUUGCCUGAGACCCUGGGCAAACCUCUAACAACCACCUUGGAAGAGGCUGAAUCUCUGGGACGCGAGCCCAGCAAGAAGAAAUCCGCCCUGAGCAAUAAAGAGGCGGAAGACGGGUUGGAGCUCAACCAACACGGAGUCAAAGCCUGAGCUGUACCUUUCAGGAAAAGAAAAAAAAAAAACAAACUGAGAGACACGUGGAAAGAAACUUAAGGAAAAACAGACUUGACUGAAGAGAGAAGAGGAGAUGGCUGCCAGGAAACUGAAACAUCACUGACUUGCUGGGGGGAGGUUGAGGAAUAAGCUUUUUAUAACAUCUCUUGAAAUGACUUUUUGUUGACAUUUUGUUUUGCAAAGUGACCAAUUUAGUACUUUAAAGGUCAUGAAGAAUUGCACAAACUCUACUCUACAAGCAUAGAUAUCAGUACAUUAGUGUUAAAGUCAGUGAAUUCAGCGAGUCAGUCAUGUGUGUGGUAUUUGUGAACGUGUGCAAGUUGUAUGUCCAAGAACAAGGAAACGUGAAGGAUACUAAAGGAUACUUAGUUUUGUCAUUUUGGCCAUCAAUUAUUUUAGUUAUGUGCUGUAGUCGUAGUAGACUAAAACUAAUUUAUUGUGAAAUUUAAAGACAAGGGUAUGACAGGUCAAAGGUGCCUUGUUGUACUUCCAAUCACAGUGUUGCAGAGUUCUCCCCGAUUUCUGCAUUCAGCUUAUUUAAGAUACUAUGACAUUAAGAUAUCAUUACUUGUAGGACUGAUGGCUGUAACUACAAAACUAUUUUCCUGUACAAAAGUUGCCAUCCUGAGUAAACUGUGAUUUAGUUACCUCUACAAACCAGUAAUCAGUGCAUACAACAGCUGUGCCUUUUACACUGUAAUACAUCUAAUAUAUUGUAUUUCAGCAGAUUAUGUUAUUCCAGUAUGUCAUAAAAUUUCAACGUUUAAUCUCAGGGUAUCCAUACUUACUGUGAAACUAUCAUUUCAUUUUAAUUUUACACUCAGUGUGUCAUUACCCUCAAUCGCAUCUUGUUUGCUGGACUUUUAACUUUGUCGCCAAGUGUGAGUGUGUGUGUGUGCCUGUGUGUCAUUGAGAAAGGGGGUUAAGCAAGUCGGUGUCUUAGUUUUACACAUUCUUAUUUUGUGUAUGCAAUCAAGAUGCUGGACAUACUGAAGGAAAAAACAACGAAAAAAGAAAAAAAAAACGUACAAUCAAGCGAUGCUGUGCUCUCGAGAGCUGUGAUGUUUGGACCAAAUGAACCACAAGACCGUGGGGGUUUAUAUACCAGCUCUGCAAUAUCGUAGUACACUACUAGCAUGUUUUUGUUUUAUAUGAAGUCAUUGUGUGGUGCCUUGUUUUGAAGGAGGAAAAAAACAAAAUCAUGAAAAGCAGCUGAUUUAAUCACCAGACAAUGGAAGCACUCAGGUACUUCCUUCAGUUCUACAGUCAACAGUAUGGAUUCUUUUUUUUUUUUCUGGAUAUUCUCUUAAGUGUUAUUUUCAUUUCAUAAUGGAGCAAUAAAAAGUUGGCAAACA